AGCUGCAUCCACUCUUUACAUUACAUUUCAUGCUUAAUGGUGGUGGUGUGGUAUAUUUAGUCUUAAAUGAACGAACGAAUGAUUUAAGAAAGAGGAGCAGCGUUCAGGACAGCACAGUACAGGACAGGACAGCAGUCGCACGCAUCUUAUGUCAUCUAUUCAAACACAUUUCCAUCCCCAUCCUUCCUCGUCUUCUUCUUCUUCUUCUCCUCCUCCUCCUCCAACCCCCACCCCCAUCUGCCCAACCCCCCCAACCCAGCCGCCGCUUCCUCCUCUUCUCCACAGUUCCACCAACAUUUCCCCACGCCGCCUAGCUCAAGAACACCCACCACCGUUUUUUAGUUUCAGACUAGUCUUUAUCCUUUCCCCAAACCCUCCCUCCUGUUUUGCAAAAAAGUAGAAGAACAAUCAUGAAAAGUAAAAGCGGUGGAAAGGUUUCAGCUAAAUGGAUUCCAAUUUUCUCGGUUUGUUUCUUCUUCAUUGGCAUGAUUUUUACCAAUAAGUAUCUAUCAUGGGGCAACUUGGAAUCCAACAAUCAGCUCAUAACUCAGCAAAGGCGAGACCAAGAGUUGCAGAUCGUCUCCGAGGAUUGCAAUACCAAGAAAAAGACUGGCGAUGAGGAAAAGGAUGUAAUGAAUGAGGUGUACAAAACUCAUGAGGCGAUUCAGUCACUGGACAAAUCAAUUUCAAUGCUCCAGAUGGAGUUGUCUGCAGCUAGGAAUGUUCAGGAGAAAUUGAAUCCUAAUGAUUCUUCCGCCACUUCUCAUGAGGGUCCGCCAAGGAAAAAGGCGUUUAUGGUAAUUGGGAUAAAUACAGCUUUCAGCAGUAGGAAGAGGCGCGACUCUGUCCGAGAGACUUGGAUGCCCCAGGGUGAGCAGCUUAGAAAAUUGGAGCGAGAGAAGGGAAUUGUUGUGAGGUUUAUGAUUGGUCAUAGUGCAACAUCUAACAGCAUAUUAGAUAGAGCUCUCGACUCCGAGGAGGCUCAACACCAGGACUUUCUCAGGCUGGAGCAUGUUGAAGGAUAUCAUGAAUUGUCUGCAAAAACAAAGAUAUUCUUUGCGACUGCUGUUGCAAAGUGGGAUGCUGAUUUUUAUGUCAAGGUUGAUGAUGAUGUUCAUGUUAAUUUGGGGACCUUAGCGGCAACACUUGCCCGUCAUCGAUCAAAACCCAGAAUUUACAUAGGUUGUAUGAAGUCUGGACCAGUUCUUUCUCAAAAGAAUGUCAAGUACCAUGAGCCAGAGUACUGGAAAUUCGGAGAAGAUGGAAAUAAGUAUUUCCGCCAUGCGACUGGGCAGAUUUAUGCAAUUUCAAAGGAUUUAGCCACCUACAUAUCAAUUAACCAGCCGAUACUGCACAAGUAUGCCAAUGAAGACGUGUCGCUUGGUUCUUGGUUUAUUGGUCUUGAAGUUGAGCACAUUGAUGAGCGCAAUAUGUGCUGUGGUACACCACCAGAUUGUGAGUGGAAGGCACAGGCGGGCAAUGUGUGCAUCGCCUCCUUCGACUGGAGCUGCAGCGGCAUAUGCAGAUCGGUGGAGAAGUUGAAAUUCGUACAUGAGCAGUGUGGUGAAGGAGAGGACGCCCUUUGGAAUGCCUUGCUGUAGGAGGAGGGGGAGGAUAAACAACAGAACCACACAAGCAGAUGCUAUAAUAUACUCUACUAGUAUAUAUAUACUUAUACGUAUGUAUGUAUGUCAGAAACCAAACCAAUCCAAUCCGAUCCAAAUAUGCAGGGCAUUGCAAAUUUGCUGCAUGUUCAUGUUGAAUCAAUCUCCCCUUGUUUCAUUACAGACGCACGUACGCUAGCUCACUGACUGACUGACUGACCGGUAGAAUGAAUACUAGUGGCAGAUCAGAUCAGAUCAGUUUGGAGUGAGAGAGAAGAGCAGCCAAGUAAGUAGUAGCGGAUGAAUGGAUGAUAGAGGGGGGGCGAGGGAGGGGGAGAGACGCCACACCCUCGCCCACGCCCAUUCAGCCCGGAGCAGGCAGGAUUUCUUGGUCUGUAUAACUGCGAGCGACACUCCUAUGAUUGUCAUUAUUAUUUUGUGUAGAUAGAUAUGCAAGCAAGCAGUGGCCUAAAUUCUUUUCGGCAGAAGCACUAGUACUACACUAUACUAUUACUAUUACUAUACCCCUUUUGAGUAAGUUUUGGCCGAAUAUUCUACUUGUAUUACUACUUACUGUGCCUUACCAUUCAAUACACAUUUAGAUUUUCUCUUCCUUACUUAUUAACCAAACAAUACAAUACAAUACAUGAUGGUUGGAUU